CUGUGGUCUUUACAGUGACAUGUUCUUUCGUUCUUAUGUCCCAAUGCUUUCAGCUACCGGCAUCUAUUUAUCCUAGCACCGAACUUCUACGGAGCAGCAGCUAGACUUUUGCAAACCAUGAGCCUUAACAAGGACUACCAAUCCGAAAAACGUCUGUCUUCUUCUAUUCCAAGCUUUUCUUUUGCUUUAAGCGUUGAAGCCUCUUCGACCGAGGAACAUGAAGCCCUCAUGGGCCCGAACCCACUACGUUGGGCUGCCAGGCAAAGCGCACUGAGGAGGUUAUUGCGAGGCUGUGGAGCAACGGUGUUGGUCUUCAUAGUUGUGCUAAGCAUUUUGACCUACGACAAGUGGGGCUACUUGGUCUGGCCUCCGACGAAGGGGCCAACACCCUCCAGCCUCCAACAGCAACAGCCAGCAGCCGAGUCGUCCGCAGGGCAGCUGCCGGCCGCCCUGCAGCACGAGCCGGUUGCAGCCCAGCAGGUGACCCGGCGGGUCGUUCGGAUCCUGGCGGGCACCUACAACAAGACCAAGUUCCAAACCCUAGCCUUCAAUGGCAGCAAAUGGGGCCCCACGCUGCGCCUCAUUCUGGGACAGUCCUACCAGAUCGACGUCACCAACGUGGACAUUGACCCAGGGGUCACCGUCCACUGGCAUGGCUUGGACCAACUGAACAACGCAGCAGCUGACGGUACCGCGGGCCUCACCCAGACACCCAUUUGGGUGGGUGAGACGUACCGGUAUAACUUCAGCGCGUCGCCUGCAGGAACGCACUGGUACCAUUCCCACAUGGAUGGACAGUUUGGCGAUGGUUUGCGGGGGCCGUUGGUGGUUGUGGAUCCAGAGGAUCCGUUGGCGGACCUGUACGACGAAGAUCUCGAGGAUCACGUGAUGCUGCUGGCAGACGUGUUUGGCGUUACGGUGGCGCAGCAGUUGCAGGCGUUACAAAAGUACGGCAUGUCUGGUAUGGGGCCGGGCAUGGAGGGCAUGGAGGAUAUGGGGCCGGGUGGUGGCGGAGGGGUCGGCAUGCGAAGGAGAGCAAGCAGCAGCGGUGGCAGCAGCGGUGGCAGCAGCGGUGGCAGCAGCGGUGGCAGCAGCGGUGGCAGCAGCAGUGAGGGCGGUACGUAUGAGGGAAGCAGCAUGGGUCGCAGAUUGAGUGCAAGUGCCGCCGCCGCAGCUGCCGUCAGCAUUUCCCAACGUCGAGCGUUGACAUCGCACACCGACGAGCAUCAGCAGCAGCAGCAGCAGCAGCAGCAGCAAGCGGAACAGCAACCGCAGCAGGACGAAGAGAAAGUCGAGGACGAGGAGGCGAUGGAUAUGACGCCCCUGUGCCCCCCGGAGGUGCUUGAUCAGGACAUAUCGGAUGCGCCCUGGUACGCUGCGGAAGUCAACGGCGAGUCCUUCACCACCACCGGCCGGGCUGCCGUGUUCCGGGUGCACCCCGGUCGGCGCUACCGCUUCCGAGUCAUCGGCGGCAUGUCCUCAUGGGCGCUCAAGGUGGGUGUGGAGCGGCAUGGCGUGACGCUGAUAGCGCUGGAUGGGCGGCCCAUCGCACCGGCAGCCGCGCAGUCGUUCCUGCUGACGUCGGGGGAGCGAGUGGACUUUGUGCUGACGGCAGACCAACCCGUCGGUAACUACUGGAUAAACGUGAGCACCCUGCACGGCAUGAACUCCCCCGCAAUCCUGUCGUACGAGGGAGCUCCCGACCCGCGGACCGACCCGCGGGUCGCUGCUGCCGCCUACACCCGCAACCUCACCUGCAGCAGCGGGGUGGGCGGCCAGGAGGGCUUCCUGGACCUUAAGAAUGCGACCCUGCAAGCGGGCCCCGGCGUCCCGCCUCCUCCGCAGACCAGCAACAAGGCCUUCACGCUCUUCCUGGCCAAUGCCGCCGAAGCCGCCUCCCAGAUGCCCCCCGGCUUCCCCUCCCGAGCCGCCCAGCCGGGUAACGUCUACGGCCUACCGCCCUCUAGCGCCGCCCUCGCCUUCGCCCUCGCCUCCUCCUCCUUCUCCUCCUCCUCCUCCUCCUCCUCUGGCCUGCUGCCCGAGGGAGCUACUGCGGCUGCUGCGGCUGCUGCGAACGGCUCCAGCACCGCCACCACCCCCUCACCUGCUGCUGCUGCUGCCGCCAGCUGUCCGCGCCUGGCGGAUGGGCGGCCCACCAGGUACUGCUGGUCCAUCAAUUGGAACGUCUUCCAGCAGCCCGCCUCGCUGCCAAUGCUUGCCCUGAUGACGUCAGCAGCAGCAGUCCCGCCCCCCGCAUCCCGUGUUGGUACUGGGAGUCCGCAUGACGUCAACGGCAGCAGGAGCACCAGCACCCGCAGCACUGCAGGUGACCAGGCGGGAAGCAGCAGCAACAGCAGCUCCCCCAACGUGGGAGGUGGUGGAGGAGGUGGCGGUGACGCCAGCUACCACAUCCUGAUAGACCAGGGUGAUGUGGUGGACCUGCUGCUCGUCAACCCCUCCCGCAUGACGCACCCCAUGCACCUGCAUGGAGCGGGAUUCUGGGUGCUGGCGGCAGGCAAUGGCAACAUUCUAGAUGCGGCAGAUGACUCCCUGAACAGCAGCGUACUGCUCGGCAACAACAACAGCAGCAGCAACAGCAGCAGCAACCGCAAGAACAGCAGCAGCAGCAGCAGCAGCGGCGGCAACAAGAGCCUUAACUUUAACACGCACAAUCCGGUGUUUAGAGACACGGUGCCGGUACCGCAAAGUGUUGCCAUCCGUGCGGGCGACGGGAGUGAGCGGGUGGAGAACAACAGCCCCGAGGGUUAUG